AUGUCUGGGAUCAGCUGUGGUCGUGUCGGCUGUCAGUUCCCCAUCAAAUCGGAUAGAAUCGUGUGCUGCGAGUGCUCCACCGCCUUCCAUCCAGAGUGCUCCGAUCUUUGUCCAGAGGACUACGCCACUAAAUGUGGUAAGGGUGACUGGUACUGUGCCAUCUGUACCGCCGCCACGACUCCAAUCGGCGACUGUGCGAUUGGUGUUGCCACUGCGAAGCGUACUGACGCCGCUCCUCCUCCCCACUUAUUGCCCAUCUCCUACGUAACCAGCAAUCCUAACAAGCUGCGUGAAACCAUGGAAAUUCUUGGCAAGGAGUACGUGGGAAUGCUGAGGCAGGUGGAUGUGGAGUUGGCGGAGUACCAAGGCAGCAGUGCGGAGGAGAUUGCUCGUGUGAAAUGUGAGCAGGCUGCGAGGAUGGUUGGUGGAGCGGUGUUGGUGGAAGACACGUGCCUUGCCUUUGACGCCCUGAAGGGCCUUCCUGGUCCCUACAUCAAGUGGUUUUUGAGGGCUGUUGGACCUGAGGAAUUAGGUGUGUGGCUGGAGGUGGACAUUUGCUAG